AUGCAGACGAACCGCCCGGGCACGGCGCCGGACAGCAUCGGCCCGCUGUACGUGCUGCACUUCAGCUCGGAGCACGCCUCGUUCCGCCUGCCCGAGUUCGCGGCCGUAUGCACGGCGCUGGGCGUGCCGUACGCCUUCGUGCCGACGCCCGACGCCCGCGAGCCGUCGCCGAAGUUCACGACAAGCGCAGAGGGCUCGCUGAGCUCGGCACCCAGCGCAGAAUCGUUGCCGAGCUUUGCCGCCUGCGCAGGGCCAUCCGACGUGGACCCGUCCGACGAGUGGCGGCCGCUGCAGGAGUGUGAGCGCCCGUACCAGCUCGUGCACCUGCCCGACGACGACGCCGUGCGGUUGCUCGCGACCCGCCUCGUGCUGCUCUGCGGCGCGUACGCGCACUGGACGACGGGAUACAGCGCCGCACGCACCUCGGCAUACCUCGCAUCCGGCAACGUGCGCCGCUUCUACGCGCCGUACCAGAACCGCAGCUGGAAGGCGAGCAUGGUGUCCAUCAACCGGCGCAUGCCCGAGGCCGAGCGACGCACGCUGAUUCCGCGCGAGGCCGAGAGCAUGCAGCUCGACGGGCCGAUCAACCUCAGCGCGCCGGAGCUCGAGUGGACGUGGCUCGAGGACUGGUCGCGCCGGCAGCAGCUGUCGAAGCACGAGGUGCGCCACUUCGUGCGUGCCGUGCACGUCGGGCGCAAGGUCGAGCUCGGCGCGCAGACGGGGCGCGCGCUCGUCGAGUGGAUGAGCCUGAAGCGGCGCGCAUACAUCGGCAACACGAGCAUGGAGGCGGAGAUGAGCCUGAUUGUGGCUAACAUGGCGCUGGCGCUGCCGGGCACGCUGAUGUACGACCCGUUCCUCGGCACGGGCUCUCUCAUCUACCCGUGCGCACACUUUGGCGCCCUCGUGUCGGGCUCGGACAUCGACAUCACCAUGAUGCGCGGCAAGGACGGGCCGAACCACUACGACGGCGGCGUCUUUGGCGGGCGCGGCGAGGGCUCGGUGCGAAGCGGCAUCCACGCUGCCGCAGAGCAGUACGGCGUCGCGGCGCGCCUCGUCGACAUCUGGGCGGCCGACGUGACGCACUCGCCGCUGCGCACGCUGCGUGGCGGCCUCUUCGAUGCCAUCGUGACAGAUCCGCCGUAUGGCGUCCGCGCCGGCGCGAAACGCUGCGGCCGCCGUGACGUCGAAAAGCAGCGCACGGAGCCGUACCUCUUGGAGUCGGGCAUCUGGUCGCACGAGCGGCCAGAGUAUGCGCCGCCGAUGAAGCCCUAUCCGCUGCGCGACCUCAUCGCCGAUCUGCUCGACUCGGCGGCCGGGCUGCUCGUGCCCGGCGGGCGCCUCGUCUUCUGGGUGCCGACAAUGACAGCCGAGGGCGGCGAGGCAGACGGCACAGACGCGGGCGAGCAGGUCCUGUCGCUGCCGACGCACCCAGCAUUCCGGCUCGUUGCGCAGUCGCUGCAAGACUUUGGCCGUUGGGGCCGCCGACUCAUCACGAUGGAGCUGCUGCCCGAAGACGCGCGGUCACAGGCAUCGCAGCCCAUCGGGCUGCCGCAGCCGCCCGCUGCGCACAUGCGCGGCGCCGCAAAGACGAAGCCAGGGCGCCUGCGCGCCGACCAAGAUCCGACCGACUUUCGCAACAAGGUGCGCUAG